GCCUCCCACUUUCGCUCCGCCCCCAGGCGCCCGCUCAGUCACCGAACAAGGUUCGAGCGGGCAGCUUCGGCCUGGAAAGAGCGCGGGCGGGUGGCCGAGCGGAGUUAGAGCUAUGUCUGUCUGUCAAGCUCAAGGAAACUGUUGCUCGCGGCCAUGUGCCACGCAGGACAAGGAGCAUCCCAGAUUCCUGAUCCCAGAACUUUGCAAACAGUUUUACCAUCUGGGCUGGGUCACCGGCACCGGCGGAGGAAUUAGCUUGAAGCAUGGCAAUGAAAUCUACAUUGCUCCCUCAGGCGUGCAAAAGGAACGCAUUCAGCCAGAAGACAUGUUUAUCUGUGACAUCAAUGAGCAGGACAUAAGUGGGCCUCCAGCGUCUAAGAAGCUUAAGAAAAGCCAGUGUACUCCUCUUUUCAUGAACGCUUAUACUAUGAGAGGAGCAGGCGCAGUGAUUCAUACCCACUCUAAAGCUGCUGUGCUGGCCACCCUUCUGUUUCCAGGACAGGAGUUUAAAAUUACACAUCAAGAGAUGAUCAAAGGAAUACGGAAAUGUACCUCAGGAGGGUAUUACAGAUAUGAUGAUGUGUUAGUGGUACCCAUUAUUGAGAACACUCCUGAAGAAAAGGACCUCAAAGAGCGGAUGGCUCGUGCCAUGAAUGAGUACCCAGACUCCUGUGCGGUUCUCGUCAGACGUCAUGGGGUGUACGUGUGGGGAGAAACCUGGGAGAAAGCAAAAACCAUGUGUGAAUGCUAUGAUUACCUGUUUGACAUUGCUGUCUCCAUGAAGAAGAUGGGACUGGAUCCAGCGCAGCUCCCCCGUGGAGAAAGUGGAAUUGUGUAAACCGAGUAGACGCCUAAGUCUCUCCAACAAUAAAACAAACUUAUUAUGCCUUAAAUAAAACUUGACUGCUUUUAAAUGAAUGGAAAA